AUAAAUAGAGCUUUCCCCUCUACACAAAUUCCUCAAACUUAGCUAGCUACUUGUAACUCUCCUUUGUCCAAAAAAUGAAGCCUUCUAAGCUCAUCUCUCUGGUAGCGAUGGCUGUUGUUUUCCUUCCCUUCCUUGCCUCUCCAUCUUUAGCAGAUGUAUCAAGCAGUCCUGUCAGCCCUGGAACCCUUUGCAAGGACACCCCAGACCCUUCCUUUUGCAAAUCUGUUCUCCCUGUCCAAUCUACCAAUGUCUAUGACUCUGCCCGACUUUGCGUCCGAAAGUCCCUAUCACAAUCCCGUAAAUUUUUGAACCUAGUUAAUGAAUAUCUCUCACGCCGCUCCACUUUGUCUGUCGCUGCCAUUCGGGCUCUUGAGGAUUGUCAGUUUCUAGCUAAUCUAAACAUAGAGUUUUUGUUGAGCUCCUUUCAAACUGUCAAUGCUACUAGUAAAACCUUGCCUUCUUUGCAAGCUGAUAAUGUGCAAACUUUGCUAAGUGCCAUUUUAACGAACCAGCAAACCUGUUUAGAUGGCCUACAGGCCACAUCUUCUGCUUCGAGUGUAAGUAACGGUCUCUCAGUCCCUCUGUCUAAUGACACAAAACUUUAUAGUGUUUCUCUAGCUUUUUUCACCAAAGGUUGGGUUCCUAAAAAGAAGAGAGGGAGCACAUGGCAGCCUAAAGGCAAGCAGUUUGCAUUCAGUCAUGGACGAUUGCCAAUGAAAAUGUCUGCCAGGACCCGUGCAAUUUACGAGUCAGUGAGGACAAGAAAACUUCUCCAGACAGAGAAUAACGAUAUAGAGGUCAGUGAUAUAGUGACGGUGAGUCAGGACGGACAAGGAAAUUUCACAACCAUCAAAGAUGCUGUCGCUGCAGCUCCAAAUAAUACCGACGGCAGUAAUGGCUACUUCAUGAUUUAUGUCACUGCAGGCAUUUAUGAAGAGUAUGUGUCUAUUGCAAAGAACAAGAAAUAUUUGAUGAUGGUUGGAGAUGGUAUAAAUCAAACGGUGAUUACUGGGAAUCGUAGUGUUGUUGAUGGGUGGACUACUUUCAAUUCUGCUACAUUUGUUGUGGUGGCACCCAACUUUGUUGCAGUGAACAUCACAUUCCGUAACACAGCUGGGGCAGUCAAGCAUCAGGCUGUAGCUUUACGAAGUGGAGCUGAUUUGUCUGCAUUUUAUGGUUGCAGUUUUGAAGGGUACCAGGAUCCCUUAUACACCCAUUCUAUGAGACAAUUCUACAGGGAGUGUGAUAUCUAUGGUACUGUUGAUUUUAUUUUUGGCAAUGCUGCUGUUGUUUUACAAAACUGUAACUUGUAUCCACGGCUGCCUAUGAGUGGUCAAUUCAAUGCCAUCACCGCCCAAGGUAGAACAGAUCCGAACCAAAACACUGGCACAUCUAUACAUAAUUGUAAUAUUAAAGCUGCUGACGAUUUGGCUUCAAGCAAUGCGACGGUGAAAACAUAUCUUGGGAGGCCAUGGAAGCAGUAUUCAAGAACUGUUUAUAUGCAAAGUUUCAUGGAUGGACUGAUAAAUCCUGCUGGUUGGCAAAUAUGGAGUGGAGAUUUCGCACUAAAUACAUCAUAUUAUGCAGAAUACAACAACACCGGACCGGGUUCUGACACUACAAACAGGGUAACAUGGCCUGGUUUCCACGUUAUUAACGCUACUGAUGCUGUUAAUUUCACCGUGUCUAGCUUCUUGCUGGGGAAUGAUUGGCUACCUCAAACAGCCGUUCCCUUCUCUAGUGGCCUGAUAUGAGCAACUUCUAUAUAAAUUGGUGCUUGUUCUUUCA